AUGGACACAGGCACCAUCUGUCGAAAAGGUGGAGGGCGACGCGAGUGCGGCGAGGCGGGGCGGUGCGCGUGCGACUGGCGCGCCCCUCCCGCGCCGCCCGCGCCCCCUCACCCCCUCCGCGCGCUGGACGACACCCCGCCGCCGCUACUCAGAUCUAACCCACUGUAUACCGAGGAGGAGGAACAAGAGGUAGUGAUAAUCGUGGACUCGCUGGAGGAAGAGGACACUGUGGACGGAGGGGUUCUUGCAGCCCCUUGCCCACCCCGCCGUGCACCUUCUACCUCUUCAGGGUACGGCAGCGGCGCCGGCAGCAACGGGCGGGUGUCGCCAUCAUUACCAAAGACCGAGGCGGAGCUACCCGACUCGAAGCACGAAGGAUCUCAGACGUCAAGAGCUUCAACCUCUGACACGGACAGCCCAGGGUGUACGCUGUCGCGGAGCCUUAAGGAGGACAUCAGGGCAUGUUUGGGAGGUUGCAGAUGGGAAAAAGACGUCGGCGACGUAGUAGAUGCCGCAGUGAAGGGCGCCGGGGGUAUCACCGCCGCCCGGGCGAGGCUGCACGCAGCACUGUUGGCGCUGCAUGAGCCUUUACAAAGGAUUCCCAACCGCGGGCCGUCUCUGCCGUACUGCGGGCCCGGCGUGCGGCCCGGUGACGUCACCAUGAUGCCGAAAACUACAGAGAUGUCGCUGCUGGCUGCCAGCGCCCUCUUCACACUUGACAGUGCGCGCGGCAAGGCGCUGUCCCGAAGUUUGGCGAAACGCGAACGCCGUCGCCGCCGAUGCCGCGCCGCCCUCGCCAUACUAGCCCUACUGAUGUUGUUGGCCGCUGUCGGCGCGGUGGAACUACUACUGUCGAGGGGACAGAGGGUGUUCGGCGUUGUGUUGCGAUAGCAGAGGUGCUUGCAAUAACUACAUUUGGGGUCGUGUUUUCUUACAACUAUCUGUACGAUGAUAGUUUAGAACUAUGGCACUUAGAGACAAUUUUUUUAUUUCUGUCGAUCAACUAUUAAUCGUCUGACGAUUGCCUGAAUAGCUAUUUUACUUAGUAAACGUUGAUAACGAAAUAAAUGUCGUUUACAGUACAUAUGGGGCUACUUUAUAGCACUAGUGCGAGAAGUAGCAUAUUACGUUACUGUGUCGAACAUUUAAAGGGCCAUAUGUACUGUAAAACGUUGUACGAUACAUGUGCGAAUAGGUAAUUCGCAACUCGUGUCGAUUUAAAACACUCCCUUCGGUCGUGUUUUAAUUUAUCGCCACUAGUUUCGAAUUUCCUAUUUUUCGCACUUGUAUCGUAAUGUACUAUUAAACAUCAUUCAUGCAUGUACUUUAAACUGUAACUCUUCCUCAUAGCUAGCAUGAGAAAUGUUAUACAAUAAAGGAUGUUCCUUAAUAGAUACCUAAACGCCUUGCCUUGUAUUUUAUUCCGAUAUAUUCGAGCAGAUUGCUUGCUCCCUUAUACUCUCUAAUAGUAACUAUGAAUUAGUAUACCUAUACCUAUCAUCAUAUAUUAGUUUUAUUGACGAUUAUUAUUCCACUAUCGAAUCAAAUAAGAAUUUAAGCGUAAUGAUCAGAUUUGCUAUAGUUAAAUUAAGGCAAUGAAGCUUCUGGCUGAUAUGUUAUAUUUUUUCGGAACUUUAAUUUUAUCUUAUUUAUUUAAGAAAUACCAACAAAUAAUAUAUCUAUACAUUUACACAAGAACUUAAAUACAUAGAAGUCAUAGGCAGGUCUUUAACCACUUAUAGGUGACCACGACUAAAAUAGUAAAAAAAAAAAAAAACAUUUGUGUACAUAGCACUUGUCCUUAUCGAUAUAUCAGAAACCCUUAAUCAGCUGCACAUAGUAGUUGCGAUGAAUAGAAUUGUUUACACAAUUACUUAUGUAGGAAGUCUUAAUAAGAGUGCACUUUUUUCGUAAUAAAAUUAAAAACACGUAAAUUUUGAGUAUUUUCUGAUAUUUAUAUUGAAUUGCAAAAUAAUGAAGUCAUGUUCCGAUUAUGUAUGGAAUCAAGUAUCCGGCAAAUGGUCCACACGACUCUGAUGAAAGCCCUUCUUUUUUUCUCUCUUUUCAUGAAAUUAUCGAUGAGUUUUUGAUAAAUAUGUGACUAUCUCACUGAUAACGCGUUGAAUAUUGGCUUUGAGCUCCGAGAUUGUUUCUGAUUUUUUUUACAUAAACCCGAGAUUUUGCAAAAGCCCAAAGAAAGAAAUCGCAUGGAAUUAAAUCGCAUGAUCUUGGUGGCCAGUUGACAUCUGAAAUUCGUGAGAUGAUUCGGUCUGGAAAGAGUUAUUGUUAUAAAUCGAUUGUUUCAUGGGCUUUUUCACAAUGACAACACGUUACCAAUAAAAAAUUAACACAAUUUAAAUCAACAAUUAAAUCAAAAUCUUGCCUUGAUAAUGUCGCCUUAAUAUAUAAAAACGAAAAAAAAUCUGUUUUAAUUGAAAAUUUUCCUAAUAUACUUAUGAUAUAAUUCAUUACUGUAAAUCGUAGUUCUAAAUAAUUUUAAGAUACAAUACGUAGGUAUCGUAUUUGAUAGUGGGAUACAAUCACAUAUUGUAAAUACUACGUAAAACGACUAGCUUAAUCACGCUUAAUGCAAUUUAAUAUGAUAAAUUCAUUAUUAUAGUGAAUCAAUGAGUUUAUGAGUUUCUUAUAGAUAAAAGUAUAAAAUAUAGGUAGGUAAAAAAUGUUUGGUCCUGUAUUCAUGCCCAGUGGUUUUAAAAUAUGUAUCAAAUUCAUACAUUGUAUUUCUAAAAUAAAAUUAAAAAUAAUUAUCAUCCACCUUUUAUAACAGGUGCCAUAAAAAUUGAUUUGUAAUUACAGUGAUAUAUGUUACCCACGUUAAUAUAUUGCCUGUGUUUUGUACAUAAGUAUUGAUUUAAGAUAAAUAAACGGCUUUAUAAGUGUUUUAAAGAAAACGAAGUAUCUUAAUUUAUUGCGUGGUUUAGUCCAAACAUCUCUGAAAGGUGAAAAAAAAACUUGUAGGUAUAUUGAUAAUUAAAUACCGAGUAGUUUAAAUAUAUAUUUUUCUAGAUUUUGGCAGCUAACCGCCGAUAUAUUUCAAUUGCACUACUCUUAUUAUCAUUGUGUUUAUGUGUUUUUUUUUAAAUUAUAAUUCUAUUUACUAAACCUAAUUAAAAGUUUAUUUUGAAAUAUAGCAUCAAUAUGGGUAACCAUUCGCUAACAUCUUCUCAGUUUAUUUUGCCAUAAAUAAAAUUCUGAACAAUGUAUAAGUUUAUUAUGGUUUUUAAUUUUUUGUGAUAAAAUUGGUAUAUCAACAAAGCGUAGUGUGAUGUUUGUGUAUAUAUCUCAAUAGAUGUAGUUUUUAUGUUUUCGUUUGUAUUCUUAUAAACUUAUAAAGUAUUUCUAUCAUUUAAAUAAGUGGAAAAUAUUCAAAAAUAAACUCUGAAGAAGCGCUGGUAAUGUGCAAUAGUGCGUAAAUAUAUGAUUUUGCUUUUAUUGUUAUAAUUGUGUAUAUAUCUCAAUAGAUGUAGUUUUUAUGUUUUAGUUUGUAUUCUUAUAAACUUAUAAAGUAUUUCUAUCAUUUAAAUAAGUGGAAAAUAUUCAAAAAUAAACUCUGAAGAAGCGCUGGUAAUGUGCAAUAGUGCGUAAAUAUAUGAUUUUGCUUUUAUUGUUAUAAUGUAAAGUAGUUUUAUUAUAUUGUUAUCAAUAUAACUGUAACAACAUUUUUUCGGCUGCGCCGACUCUGUCAAAAUAGUGUCAGUAUAGGAUUACUAGAGUCCCUUACUUUAUGUUAUUUGUUCGCUAUACGUAUAGUAAAGUACUUACAAGUGAUUAUUUUCCAUGAGAAUAGUUUAUAAAACAAUAUUAUACCUACUUAUGUAGUAAAAAUUUGUCAGUCACGCCGGCUCUAUCAAAAUAGUGUAAUGCAUUGACAUAUAUCUAAGGACGAGCCUUACGAGCAUUAAGAAUGGUGCUAGUUCAAUGGUGUCAUUCACGAAUUUGAACCAAUCCUGCAGUCUAACGCAACUAGUUACAACCAAUAGCGCGCGUGAUGCGAAUUCAUCAACCAAUCGUGUUGUGGCAUUAGACUGCACGAUUGGCUCGAAUUCGUAUACGCGACACCGCUGUACUGGCCCCAUUCUAAUUGCCCAUAAAGCCCGUCCUUAUAUAUAUGUCAAUAGUGUAAUGUUAGUCUAGUUUCUUAAGGCCUAAUGUGCUUUACAACUCCGUUUCAAUCUAAUUAGAACCGUUAACCCUUUACCAGGCUGACAGUUCAAAAAUGACAAUCGAAUGUCAGUCUUACUCAUCGAAAAUAGAACACAUGUUUGAAGAGACGCAUGUGGGAAAUAUAUAUCCCUUAGCCUGGUAAAGGGUUAACUAAACCAAAUAAAGUAGCUUUUCUUUUGAGUCAUUGCUUUUUCAAACAAACCAAAUUCAUCCCAAUUGACUAUACAAGAAGGUUCAUAUUAAAAAUAGUUGUAUUUUGUAUGGUAGCUUACCAGGCUAGUAUUGUUACAGUCCUUUACUUAAUUUUAUUUCAUGGAAUAGGAUCACUUUGGAAGGCGUUAAGUGGUUGAAUUGUAUUGUAUAUUAAAAUUAUACUAAAUAUGGAAUAAGUAUUGUUUAGUUACCUACCUAAAUUGUGAUCUGCGUACCUUGUAUUAUAUUAAAUUAGAUACUUUUUGCACGGUUGA